AAACCGCCAGCCAACUGCGCGCCAUGUCCUUCUUCCGCCCGGUGGUCUCUUCGGCGUCUUUCACCUCCAGUCCCUCCCGCCAUGUCGCUCCCAGAGCAGUCCGGCAGUGCCGCUGCCUCUCCACUACUUCCAUCACGCUUUCAGGCCACAACAGAUGGUCCAAGAUCAGACAUCGCAAAGGUGCUGCCGAUCAGCAGCGGGGUGCCCUCUUUGCAAAGCUCAGUAGAGAAAUAAUGGUCUCAAUGCGUCCACCUGCAUCUGCAGACCCUGCGCUCAACUCGAGAUUAGCUACUGCUUUACAACGCGCCAAAGAACAAGGCCUGACAAAACAAGGAAUUGAGAAUGCCAUGUCUAGAGCAAGAGCAGUGGCAGAAGGGUCAGGACAAAAUGUCAUGUACGAAGCUGUAGCUUCAGGAGGCAAAGUUGCUUUCAUGAUCGAAUGCGUUACCCAAAAUUCCGCUCGACUCGUCAAACGUGUCAAGGAGUUACUUUCCAAGAACGGAGCUCGUAUUUCCCCAGUAUCAUUUUUAUUCGAGAAAAAGGGAUCCAUCACUCUUACGCCUAAUGAUGAAGAUGCAGGAUACGAGCAUUUGUUCGACCUUGCAGUCGAGGCCGGGGCUGAGGAUGUCAAAGAAAUAGAGGGUGAAGAUGGAAGCGUCGAGUUUGAGGUUAUCACCACUCCAUCAGACCUUUCAUCUAUAACAUCAACUCUUCAAUCAAACCCCGCCUAUUCUUUACAAUCAUCCGACCUCGUGUUUCUCCCGAAUGAUCCAUUAAAAGUCCUCGAACAAGGUGAAGACGGCGAGGGUAUAACGGAAGAGACGAUGGAAAGCGUGAUGAGACUGGUAGAUAUCUUGGAGGAGGAGAAUGAAGUGGUCAAGGUCUGGACAAAUUUGGACGAGUAAACGUCUUAGUUAGAGACAUACCGAGCAUAAGAUACCUGCAUGUAUAACACCUUUCUUGUAUCCCAC